CCACAAUUGCUAUAUCAUCUCAAGAGGAGGAGGCAGAUUGUAUUAGGGUUUUGAGCCUGGCAUGGCGAAAUUCAACGUCGUACAGAAGCGGCGCCGAGCCGCCGUCGCUGAUCGCAAGAGGAUGGUACACGGCGACCCCAUCACCGGCAAGCUGCACCAGAAGCCCCAACCGCACUCCGUCUCCGGCAAGCGUCAACAGAAGCUGCUCAAGAAAUGGCGCCGGGAACAAAAAGAGGCCGUGGAGAAGGGCUUAAUUACGAUGGAGGAUGUGGAGAUGGCGGCUGCUGCUGAUGAGGCGCAAGAUGCCAGUAAGGCCCCUGGGUGUGCCCCAGCUGCAGUUAAUAAGUUCCCAAUGGGGAAGAAGAGUACGAGGACGAGACUUGGAGUCAAACAAUUGAAGAAGAAAGGCAAGGGCAAGAAAACAACCCGAGAACCCACUGGAGGAGGAGAUGCAAUGGUGGAGUGAGAGUGAUGGGUGGAUGGAUGGAUGAGAUUUUGGGAAUGCUGUUUUCCUUUUGUUUUCACCUAGUUUAGUUUAGUUCUCACUUGUCAGAGAGAGUUGCUUGUUGUAUGAGUCCCCUUCCCCUUCCCCUUCCCCUUCCGGCCAACACAGCUCUGAGAUGAUGGAUCAUAUGUGAAAAGUGAGAAAGUAACAACAAGAUUCUAAUAGCAUAAACACUACUACUACUA